AUGCAUUCUAUGUCCAUUAAAACUCAAAUGACUUUAAUUGACCUAAAAUACAAAUCUAAAUUGAAUGAAAGAAUAGAGAGAGGAUUGAUAAAUCACCUUAAAAACUAAAUAUUGCAAACAAAGGAGAGAAUGUUAGUUCUAGGGGAUUAAACAUCAAUAACUAUAUCAGAGGAUCUGGCUAAAGUGCUGCUGAGACAUUUUUAAGCUGGAUUCAGAGAAAAAGUUAUUACUAUAUUACAGUAUCAACUCCAUAUGAUAGACACUAAUGAGAAAAUACUAUCGAUUGUUAGACUUAAAGCUUUGAUAAAUAUAUUUCUUGACAUUAAGCGAAUAUCUGAAAUGAGAAAAUACAUUAUUAGCUUUGAAGGUUAGAAUAGACUGGAAUAAUGCCCAUUCUUUAAGGCAUUUCAAUAACCUAAAGUAAAUUAGAAAAAGAUUAAAACUGAACAAAUUAUUACUAUUAUUAGAGCAUCCUUUAUUUGUAUGGAAAUUGCUUCUCCUAUUAAAAAAGAAUCAAAAGAUUUCACAGUUGUUUAAAUCACAUUUACACUAUUUGAAAGAAUUGUUUACCUGAAAUCGAGAAAUUAAAAAAAUUACAUAAUAUAAUGA